UCCUUCCUCAUUUCCAAAGGCAAUUUAUGCCCUUGAUCUUCAGGGUUCUCUGCAGUGUUUUGUUUUGAAGAAACUGAGAGAAAGUUCCAAGAGAGAUGGCCGAGACUCCAGAUGAUGGACGCCUGGACACAGGGAGCCUGGCAGCCAGUGAGGCAGCCCUUAUGCCCCGGACAGCAACCAGAGGGGGCUCCAACAAACGUGCCUUUAAGAUUGCAGGCAUCACGACUUUGGCAUGUCUGCUGGUGGCCAGCCAGGUCUUCACUGCCUACAUGGUGUUCAACCAGAAGCAGCAGAUCCACACGCUUCAGAGGAAUUCGGACAAACUUAACAAACAGCUGACGCGCGCAUCCCAGAGUCCCGGAGCUCGUGGUCCAAUGCGGAUGGCAAUGCCCAUGAACACCCUGCCUCUGCUGAUGGAUUUCACUUCUGAGGACACACCCUCGAAAAAAGUUGAGGAACCUGCUUUUGUCAGCGUGGAGAAACAGGUGAUGGACCUCAUGCAGGACUCCCAGCUGCCACACUUCAAUGAGACCUUCCUGGCCAACCUGCAGAGCCUGCAGCAGCAGAUGAAUGAUAGCGAGUGGAAGAGCUUCCAGUCCUGGGUGCGUUUCUGGCUUAUCUUCCAGAUGGCCCAGGAGGAGCCUGCACCCCCAACAUCUCAGCCAGCCUCUUUGGUCAAGACCAAAUGCCAGAUAGAGGCAGCACCUGGAGGCGGCAAGAUCGGCACUUUCAAGCCCCAGUGCGAUGAGCAGGGCCGCUACAAGCCCAUGCAGUGCUGGCACGCCACCGGCUUCUGCUGGUGUGUGGAUGCGUACGGAAAUCCCAUCCAGGGCACCACCAUGCGCGGCCGUCCUCAGUGCGGUGGAGGCUACGCUCCUCGUCGCAUGAUGGUCGCCCCCAGGAUGAUGCAGAAGACCUUCGUCUCUGAUGACAACUGAAUCAAAUGAAGCAACAGCUGAAGCAACUUCAUGAAGCUACCUUUGCAGACAUGAGAAAUUGGUUUUCUGAAACUCGAUGCUGAUCUGCUUCUAAUAGACUAGUAGUUUUAAUUCUUGAUGAGCUUUUCUUCCAUGUAAUCCCAUGAUAUUUAGCAUUUUCUUGCUGCUUGAAAUCAAACCGAUAGAGGACUGCUACACAAUUUCUAAUUUUUUGUCUUUUAUAACAAAUAUAUUUAGGGAUGUAUCUGCAUCAUCUAAGCAGUGUUUAUCGAAGUAGGUGAGUUUUUAAAGUGUUUCUUGCUAAAGAAUGCUUAAAGGAUCAGUUCAUCUAAACUACAAAAUACAGAGAUCAUUCCACUUUGACAUUGUUUCAGCCCACUUUCAUGGUGGGAAAAGUUCAUGGAGCUUACAGCAUUGAAAAAUAACAUUUAAAAAUGUAAACAGCUGGAACUCUUUCCAGAAACAGUGUCCCCUGAUAAUUCACAAAACUCACAGAGGACAGUUCUCACAGUUACUAUUACUCUGGUAGAAAGUAGUAUCUGUUAAAACUGUCCACAGUGAGUUCUGUGAAUUAUUCAGAGUAAAGGAGACACAGAUUCUGGAAACACAUGCUGCUGUACAAUUUCUUAAAUGUUUCCAAUGCUGUCAGCACCACAAAUUAAACCCAGCUAAAUAAAACCAAAACUACGUGCAUUGCUGGAGCCCAUGAGAGUUGAGCGAGUUAACUUUGUUGAGUAAUUUGGGUGAACCUGAACUUUAUAGGUUGGGCAUUUGGGAGAAAGUGACUCCUAUGUGAAGGUGUUUCUCUUAAGAAGGUUAAAUAAAGUUUUCCCAACA